UUAUUCCCCUUACUUGCAGCUUGUGGUACUAAUUGUCACAAGAAAUGUCAAAAGUUGAUAGCAAACUUGUGCGGUGUCAAUCAGAAGAUGUUGGCUGAGGCCCUGAAGCAGGUGAAGCCAGGAGCCUCCACUAAAUCAGUCAGCAGCUCCGCACAGGACCAGAAAUCUUCCGAAGAUUCCGAUGAUGAUAAUUAUGCUUAUGAAUCUAUCUGGGAACCGCCACCUGGUGUGCAGGGAGAGGAUGGCCUUCCUCCUCCGCGGCCACCACCACCAUCAAAGCCAGAGAAGAAGUUUUCACCCACAGACUUUGUGUUCCUUAAAGUGCUGGGCAAGGGGAGCUUUGGCAAGGUGAUGUUAGCUGAGUUGAAGGGGACAAAACAGUAUUAUGCUGUCAAGGCACUGAAGAAGGACGUUGUUUUGAUGGAUGAUGAUGUGGAGUGUACAAUGAUUGAACGGCGCGUCCUGGCAGCUGGGAGUCAGCACCCCUUCCUAACACACUUACACAGUACAUUCCAGUCAAAGAGUCACUUAUUCUUUGUAAUGGAGUUUCUAAAUGGAGGAGAUCUGAUGUUUCACAUCCAGGCCGCUGGGAGAUUUGACACAGAAAGAGCUAGGUUUUAUGCUGCAGAAAUUCUGUGUGGCCUCCAGUUCAUCCACAGAUGUGGUACAGUGUACAGAGAUCUCAAGCUGGACAAUGUCCUACUGGACAAAGAUGGACAUGUGAAGAUUGCCGACUUUGGCAUGUGCAAGGAAAAUAUCUCUCCAGACAAUAAGGCAUCCACUUUCUGUGGCACUCCAGACUACAUUGCUCCCGAGAUUCUGAAAGGACAUCGGUACAAUUACUCUGUGGAUUGGUGGUCAUUUGGUGUCCUGCUGUACGAGAUGAUGAUUGGUCAGUCUCCUUUCCAUGGAGAUGAUGAGGAUGAUCUGUUCCAUUCCAUUUGUCAUGACACCCCACAUUAUCCACGCUGGCUGAACAAGGAUGCUGCUUCAUGUCUAAGCCUGCUGUUUGAACGAGCGCCACAAGAAAGGCUUGGUAUGCCUGCCUGCCCCAGAGGAGCAAUCAGGGACCAGCCGUUCUUUAAAGUGAUAGACUUUGACAAGCUGGAGAGACGACAGAUAGACCCUCCUUUCAAACCUAAAGUGAAAUCUGCUUCAGACGUAGGAAAUUUUGAUACAGAUUUUACCAUGGAAAGGGCAUAUUUCACGCCACCUGACAAAGAACUGCUUAAGACCAUGAAUCAAGAGGUCUUCAAGGGAUUCAGUUUCACAAACCCUCUUCUGGCGUCUUGAAGAAAGUGUCACUUUUAGGAACUGUGUUAUAAACUGUUAUAGUUAAACUGGUAUUUAUUAAUGUAGUUCUGAUAGAACUAUGGCUGUAUUUCUUGAAUUUGAAAUUGAUGUGGAGCAGAGGAAGCAGUUUGAUGAUUAAUUUAAGCUAAUAAGAAGUAUCUUGCCCCAUGGAAACUCAUACCUGUAGCAAGUAGAUUUUUACAAACUUUUCUUGUGUAGUGUUUAUUGUGUCUUGUAUGUGUUAUAAUAACUAUGUAAUCUAAGAUUAUAUUUUGAGAAGAUUAUCUUGACAUCAAGUUAUUGAUAAAAAGAGUGGUGGCUUGACCAGAAAGGUAGUUUAAUAUGUAAACAGGUAUUUAGGCAGCAUCAGAGUGGGCAUGUCUCUUUUCAUCCUUGGACUCGAACAUUUUUGACCCAGGAUGAGCAGUAAAUAAUAUAUUGCAUGUCUCUGUAGGGAAUAUGAAAAUAAUGGAAAAAUACACAGGUGAAUUGUGUAAAAAAUAAGAUUUAUUGUUUUCUGCUUGUCUCAGAUAAAAUGCCCAGCCUGGUCAAAACUACAGUGAAUAUAAAAUUAGCACUGGCACUGUAUUGGUAAAAAAGUUUUGACAGAAGUAUAAACAGAAAGGACUUUUGUCAUCAGAAUGGGCAUGAAUCAGCCGUUCUUUUUAGAUAGAGUGCAUCAUAAAGUUUGUAGUAUUUAUUAUGAGAUGCAGUUGAAGUGAAUGGUGCAGGUGAUCAGCAUAUACAUUUUUCAGGUCUUCUGUGUAUGAAGAGUGAUGUGAAUGCCAUCAUUGCCAUGGGAUCUGUUACUGUAGCACACAAGUAAAAACCAAGUUAUAAAGACUUACUAAUUUUACAACAGUUGCACCUAUAUUUAUUAGCAUAAACAUUAAACUGACUAUUAAGAUAAUUAUAAUAUAGCUGAAAUUAAGAUGAAUAAGUGUUGAGAAAUGUUUUAUUGACUGUUUACAAUAUUACUUACUGACAAGAAAAUUGUAUCAUAUUUGAUAGGGAUAUCUGUCAAGAUAAACUGUAUAUUGUAAUAAUGUUAAUUGUGUUUUACUAUGUAAUUAUACUAGUACAUUAUAUUGUUGAAAUAUAUUUUAUAAUGAUGUUUGAAAUAGAUAUAACCAUGAGAUCUGUAUUACAGAGUAUUGUGUUGGUGCGAUGGAUAUGUGCAGCCAGCUUCAUGCAGUGUGCUUUAUAAGUGAAUAUUUUGGGUGCCUACUCGUACCAAAGUCACAUUCAAGUGGUGAAAACUAUCAGAUUUUAUGAAAAAAAAUGUGCAAGCAUUAUUAUUGAAGUCAAAGCAUGCAGUGGUGUGACAUUGAAAUAAUAGAAGAUGAGUGGCACCAUCAAGACUAUUUAAAGUGAAUGGUGACCAUAUGCACACAUACUUAUGUGCAGGGCCGCUUAUGUUUCUUAGAUUCCAUAUGUGUUAAUUGUUUAUCAUAUUUUUACAGUAGAACUGUACCUAUAUAUGUAAAAGAAAAGUCGCAAGUCAGAAUUGCACUGAAUAUCUGUAGAACUGUAUAUAUAGACUUACAUGUUGUUGUUUUACUAUUCCAAACAAUCAGCUUAUUUUUCAUCAACAAAAAACCACCAGUGGCAAUCACACUGUCAUAUUUUUUUGGGGGGGAUAAACUACUGAAAAUGUAGCCUCUAACAUGAAGAUGCUGACAUGAGAGGGAAAACCUGCAAAAUAAAUGCAGGUUGUACUGGUAUUUGAAUAACUUUUUCACAAGAGCACAAUCAGUAUAUUACUGGAAGAAAAAAAACUUCAGAGUUGUGAUAUGGAAAUUGAAAGUUGAAUGAUAUAUACUUUGUUAAUGUAAAAUAGGAAUGUUUUUUAUAAUGUGUAUUAACCUGAAUUUGUCAUUUAAUUUACCAAAGGAAAGGACAUUAAUGCCAGUAGUACACUAAGCUCGCCUAGAUUGUAAAAAGGUUCAAUGUAUUUCACCAGUUGAACUGCAAAUAAUAACUCUGCUCUUGUUGUAUGUCAUCUGCAGACACAAUUUAGACCCAGGAUGUUUUUGUUUAAACUGGCAAUAACGCACUUGUAUUCAUAAGGUCCUUUCCAUGAAUGUGUCUCGUCUGUUAAAUUGUUUUCUUAUAUUUACAUAUUUACAGAUUAUUUGAAAGAGAGCCCUCCCUAGUAGUAAACACAGCUUCAUAAAUUACACUUCAAACCACACUAAAUCAAUAAUUUAUAUUAUUGAGGAAAGUUAACAUGUUGCUUAUUUUUGUGUUACAAGGAAUACUGGUAUAAAUAGUAACUAAUUGAUGUGAACUUAAAAUAAAAACUAAAAAUAAAAAAUAUUGAAAUUUUAUCUUUA